UAGCGGAAGACCUUUACGAAGACAAAUUAACAUCUCACACUCAUCUUUGUACAAAGUAACCACUACACUUUGAUUUAUUUAUACCUCUAGUUAUCUAAUCACUUCAUUAUACAGCAAGUAUUACUCGUAGUCUACUGUCGAACUUGCAGUUUUGACAAUCCCUAGCCUUUCUGUGGGCAUUUCUACAAAUCCCAUCGAGAAAAUGCCCGUUGGCCUGUUUUAUCAGGCGUGAAUCUCGAGUCGAGAAUCAUUCACAGCAACACGUGAUUUUUAUAUUUCCAAAUUCCCCACACAUGCGACACGUUCAGAACAUUCCAAGUUCUUACAGCACCUUCAAGGCAUGCUUGAUUCCUUCAAACCUUAGCUUGUCUGGUCCCCUUUGGCAAAUCUUGAUUUGCAGGGAUGUCCGGGGAUUUAACCAUAUCAGACAUUCAUUCCUUGAGCCGGGGGGAAGCCCUUGGAAUUCUUGGGCAGAUCGCACGCGUUGAGAAGAAGACAUUUCCCGGCAAUGAGGCCAUGGCCUUUGGAGAAGAACUUUGGCGGAAGAAGCCCAAUACACGGGUCUUGUAUGCUACAUCGUCAACUGCAGCAAGUGCUGGAGCACCGCUGGUUGCCUACGCGGUCUAUGUUCGGCAGAAAGGGGUCGCCCUUUUGCACAAGGUGUGCGUCGUCGAGGCCUAUCGCCGACAGGGUAUAGGGAGGGAGUUAAUUGCGUAUAUCGGGCAACGCCUUCGAAAAGAGGGUUGCCAAUACAUCCAACUGUGGGUGGACCAGGCCAGGGAACCAGCACGGGCCCUCUAUGCACGCGCGGGCUUCGAGGAACGUGAGGUGGUCGAUGAUUAUUAUGCCCCGGGGCGGACGGGGAUCAAGAUGGUUCUCGACCUCGACAAGUGACCAUUGAGUCCAACGGGUCUUUUGUGUUAGUUAUAGGGUGGGAUUCCCUUUUGUCCCCUGCCCUUGCAGGGUCAUGAAUUCCCCGCCGUGAGCCCUAUCGCGCGCCAAACCCAUUCCAUCCAGCCUUUCUCAUACUUCAGUGAUGUCAAGAAUAUCUAGGUAUGGCUUUAGGGCGAAGGGGUCGUACCUCGCGCGCCGGCCUGUCGCCCUUGGUCGCGACGAACUUCAGGAGAGGA